UUCAUUCUUAAGCAAAAACCACAGAAAGAGAUACCCUGUCCUGCGGUAUUCCUAAAUAAUCAAUAGCAUUAAUAAAUCUUGACAUUAUCGCCAUAAUCUCUUUUUCCAGCUAUAAAAGAAGAUAUUUUCUCAUAUAAAAACACCCAAAAGUGAUGAAGAAAAGCCAUAUCUUCUUAUUCUCAACAGUUUCAUUAACCUUUCUUCUGGUAUUCCUGAGCUUUCCCUCAAUUUCAAUGGCUGAUUCAGAAAUCCCAUCAUCAUCUGAGGCCAAGGUCCACAUAGUUUAUACCGAGAGACCCCAAGAUCAAGAACCUGAGGAUUACCAUAUCAAGACUCUUUCCUCUGUUCUUGGCAGUGAGGAGGCUGCAAAGAAGGCUUUGGUGUACAGUUAUAAACAUGCUGCCAGUGGGUUCUCUGCUAAGCUGACUCCUGGACAGGUUGCUGAGCUCUCAAAACAACCAGGAGUGCUGCAAGUUGUCGAAAGCCAGAAACUUCACCUUCAUUCUGGACCUACGAAGCUGCACGUGUGAAUUCAUUAUUGAGCUUGUUGGGUUUUCUUAUGUAUAAACUACUGAUAUAGACUUUUAGCUGCGUGUUUGAAGUGAUAAGUGGAUAAGUAAAACACUUCUAUAUGUACUACUAAGUCUUACAGUGUGGACCUUAUGCAGUAUGAAUGUUUGAUUGUACCAAAUAAAAAGUAAGAGUUAUUGAGAAUCUUUUAAAGUAUUGAUGAAUUAGUUCCUCA